CGAGGAAAGAAACACUCAGUUUGUGCCAUUGUGGGUGAAGACAACUCCAGACACCUCCCCUAUCGCUGUACGAACGACAACCCCCAGAACUGACUGCGAGCUGCGCGCAUGUGAGUCCGCACGUAGCUCCGCGGCGGAGGAGACCGAGCUGCAGCUGCGAGAGGAGACGCAGUCAGUCAGCCGCAUCACCGCAGAGGCGCGGAACGAUCUGGACGCUCCGCAGUCACACCAGCCAUUUCUGCUGCUACAGGAUGCACUGGACGAGGAUGAAGUUGCCAUGUUGGUGUUUUAUGUUGCUGAGCUGCCUGGAGUCGCUCUCAGCCUACAAUGACUUCUACACUUCCAUUGGCCACAUGACAGAUCUGUUAUACACAGAAAAAGACCUCGUCACGUCUCUGAAAGACUACAUCAAGGCGGAGGAGACGAAACUGGAGCAGGUCAAACAGUGGGCUGAUAGGUUGGAUUCCCUGACAGCUACAGCUACACAGGACCCCGAGGGUUUCCUGGGCCACCCUGUUAAUGCCUUCAAACUGAUGAAGAGGCUGAAUACAGAGUGGGGGAACCUUGAGAGUCUUGUACUCAGUGACACCACCGAUGGAUUUAUUUCCAACCUGACCAUCCAGAGACAGCACUUUCCCACAGAUGAGGACCAGACUGGGGCGGCCAAAGCUCUUCUCCGCUUACAAGACACAUAUAAACUGGAUGCCAACACCAUCUCCACAGGAGACCUGCCUGGAGUGAAACACAAGAGCCACAUGACAGUGGAAGACUGCUACGAGCUUGGUAAAAUUGCCUACUCUGACGUGGAUUACUACCACACUGAGCUGUGGAUGGCUCAGGCCCUGAGACAGCUCGAAGAGGGAGAGGAGUCCACUUUAGAUAAAGUGACUGUGCUGGACUAUCUCAGUUAUGCCAUCUACCAGCAGGGGGAGAUGGAGCGUGCGUUGGCGUACACCAAGACACUGCUUGAACUAGACCCAGAGCACCAGCGAGCUAAAGGCAACCUGAAGUACUUUGAGUUCCAGUUGGAGAAGCAGAAAAAGUCAGAAGCAGAGAAUGAAACUGAAAAACAGGAACGAGGGAAAAGAGAAACAACAGAAAAAAUUAAAAAGAAGAAGUCCAAAAAGGCUUUCUCUUUGAUCCCAGAGAGAAAGAAGUAUGAGAUGCUUUGUCGUGGGGAAGGGAUCAAAAUGACUCCUCGCAGACAGAGCAGGCUCUUCUGCCGUUACUAUGACAACAGGCACAACCCCCAGUAUCUGCUGGCACCUGUGAAACAGCAGGAUGAGUGGGACAGCCCCUACAUCGUUCGCUACCUUGACAUCCUCUCGGACAAAGAAAUUGAGAAAGUCAAGCAACUGGCGAAACCACGAUUAAGGCGAGCCACGGUGCAUGACCCCCAAACUGGGAAACUUACCACAGCCCAAUACAGAGUCUCCAAGAGCGCCUGGCUCACUACCUAUGAAGAUCCCUUAAUUGAGCGGAUCAACCAGAGGAUUGAAGAUCUCACAGGGCUGGAAAUGGACACAGCAGAAGAGCUGCAGGUUGCAAAUUAUGGUGUUGGAGGGCAAUACGAACCUCACUUUGACUUUGGAAGGAAAGAUGAGCCAGAUGCCUUCAAGGAACUGGGCACUGGGAAUCGCAUUGCAACGUGGCUCUUCUACAUGAGUGACGUAGCUGCUGGUGGAGCCACAGUAUUCCCUGAUGUAGGAGCAGCAGUUUGGCCUCAAAAGGGUACGGCUGUGUUCUGGUACAAUCUCUUUGCCAGUGGCGAGGGAGACUACAGCACCCGACACGCAGCUUGCCCAGUGUUGGUAGGAAACAAGUGGGUAUCAAACAAGUGGAUCCAUGAAAGAGGCCAGGAGUGGCGGCGACCCUGUGGGCUAAAUGAAACUGAAUGACGGAUAAAGACAACCCUUCACAUCAAAUCCCUUUACCCUACUCUUCCUUGUUAACUAACGAGAACCAAAUAACACUGUUGCAGAUUACAGAUGAUACAUGGGCUGUACAUGACCCUUUCCCUGCAAACACUCUGUUUUUUUAAUUUGUUUUGUUUCUUUGCUCUCCACCUGUUAGUCUCUGAGCCUACAGAUUGUUCUGGUUCAUGUUCAGAGCCGAGACAGUCUCAACAUCCCUGUGAGAAAUAACAUGUUCUUGAGGUUGUUGGAUGGUUUUGAGAAACACUCCAUCCUUAUUCACUCCUAUGUGUGUUUCCUUGCACUCUAAUGAACGCCAGCCCUGUGGUGAGGUUAUCACGUGGUAGUGACUGUUGGGACUAACUUCCCCUGCUCAUGUUUGAACCUUAAAAAAACAGUUCACAUUUUUAAGAACCCUACCUGAUAGGUCUUGUAGCAGUGAUGUAAUUUACAGAAGAUUCAGGCCUUGAUUUUAUUUUAUUUUUUUAAUUGUUUUAAAGGAAAAUCUGAAAAAAACAGACAAAAAAAAACAUGAGAAUUGAAACAUCUGAACUUUGCCGGUGCUGUUAAUUACUUCAUUGAAACAUUACACUAACAUCUAGGCGAUGUUUUUUUCUUUGUGUCUCAGACCGACUUGUUGCUUACAUGGGCAUUAUUUGGGAUAUGAUUUUUGCAAAUAAAUAUCAUGUAGUACGUUUGUUUACAUGUACAUGCAAUAGCAGUUUCUCCUUUCAACAACUUUGAGUUAAAAAUCACAGACAGUGAUCAAUCACAGAUGUGGCAGGAGUUAAAGCACUCAAUUGUAAAGAAAAAAGGUCACACUCCAAAGAUCUUAAAAAUCUGAUAAUAGCCGAGGGUGGUGUUUUGGAUGGAACAAACACUUCAUUUACACAUCUUACAGGAAGUAAUUAAUAUAAGUUUGCCUACUUUAUCCCGGGUCACUUGUGUUAUUGGUUUACUGCACUGUUACACUCAUCUUAACAUUUUCACAGUGACUUUUUUAAAGUAUUGUUUGAAUGAAGAGUGUAUAAGCUCAUUCUGACUCAUUUACAUAGACCUCCACAGAUGUGUUCAACUGUAUUUCAUAAAUUUAAGUUGAUAUUUGUUCUCCCUGAAAUGUUGUGUAAUAAUAAUAAACAAGUGGGCAUCAACUUUCAUUCAUUAUAAAUUAGUAAUUGUGCCACUUUUAAGUGUCCAUGUUGCCUGAUGCCUUCAGUGAGAGAAUGUAUGGGUUCUCCAAGGAAGGAGCCUUUUAUUUAUAUGUCCCAAAUGUAUGUUUUGUUUUUGUUUUUUUCUGAAAUAAAGACUUUGUAUUGACAUGAAGAAACUAAACCGC